CAAUCAAGGAGGAUCACAAACAAGUUUUCAUUAAAAUCACACAAAAGAUUACAAACAAGUUUUUCUUUCAUCUUGCUAACAAAAAAUCCAUCUUCUUGGAUCACUCAAGAACACGGUUUUACAGGCUCAUUAUAUCUUGAACUAAAGCCCAUGGGAACUUUAGAGGUGAAACUUGUUCAAGCUCAAGGUUUAACAAACAAAGACAUUAUCGGGAAAUCUGAUCCUUUUGUUGAGUUAUAUAUACUUCCCCUGCCCAACAUAACGAAAACCAGUACAGUUAUCAACAAUGACUUAAAUCCAAUCUGGAAUGAACAUUUUGAGUUUGUAGUUGAAGAUAUCUCCACUCAAAAUUUGACAGUCAAAAUAUACGAUGAUGAUGGGCUUCGAGCCUCUGAACUCCUUGGAUGUGCUCAAGUACAGUUGAGUUCACUCGAGCCUGGUAAAGUGAAGGAUGUGUGGAUAGAAUUGGUAAAAGAUUUGGAAAUUCAAAGUGAUAAUAAAGAUCUGGGAAAGGUGCACUUGGAGCUACUGUAUUGUCCAAAUGGCAUGGAUAAUGGGUUCAAAAACCUGUUUACUUCUAAUUUCACAAGUGAAAAUACUGAAAAUGGCGAUCUAUCUAGUAGAAAGAAAGCAGUUAUUAUAAGGGGAGUGCUUUCCAUCACUGUGAUAUCUGCUGAAGACUUACCAUCUAGAGAUAUUAAGGGAAAGGCUGAUCCUUAUGUUGUGCUCACCAUGAAGAAAACCGGAAUGACAAACAGUACUAGGGUUGAGAAUAAGAAUUUGAACCCAGUUUGGAAUCAGACAUUUGACUUUGUUGUUGAGGAUGGAUUGCAUGAUAUGCUUGUUGUUGAAGUCUACGACCAUGAUAUGUUCGGGAAGAGUCACAUGGGAAGAUGUAUUUUUACACUGACAAGGGUCAUACUAGAAGGAGAAUACAAAGACUGUUUUCCACUUGACGGUGCCAAAUCUGGGAAACUCAACUUGAAUCUCAAGUGGAUGGCUCAACCAAUUUAUCGUGACUCUUAGAAAUUAAACCUCAUCAAUUGCACUAAAGAGAAGUCAUUAAGAAAGUGUACUGUUUGUCAAAUAGCAAGAGGUACAGUUGAUAUACAUAAACUUUGUGAAGUGUGCGGUAAUAAAAAAACAGAUGAUACUGUGUAGAUUUUGAAGAUAAUAAGGGUUUGCAGUUAUCGGGUAGCAGCAAAGAUUUUGGUUCUGGAUUCUUUUUUUUUUUUUUUUGUAACUCAUGUUUCCUUUUGCUUUCAACUAUUUACACCUUGAAUACCCAGUCACCAAUGGAAGAAAUGCUUAUCCUCUUCACUCU